CACGGCCCCCGUUGUGGGCAAUGGAUUUUACCCAUUUCUUUAUGGGAUGUAGGAUACUGCCGACGACGAUGGUCGGCCUCGGAUGAGUCUGGGAUUUGGGAGAAGCCAUUAAUGACUGAGCUGCUGGAUAUUGGAUAUGGUUCACGCCGGCUAGAAAGCAUUAAAAUGUGGUUUCUUUCGGACAAAACCCCGCUUGAUUCGUCCACUUGGUCCUUGCACAGACAAUUUGUAACUCCUUUACAUCCAUCUGCAUUUUGUGAGAAUGACCGCCGCCGAACCUAUUGUCGCUGCUGUUCAGUCUACAGCCGCCGCUCCUCUACUUGUAAAGCGGUUGAGCGAAAAGGCGAGGCUCCCAAGACGGGGAAGCGCUUUCGCUGCUGGUUACGACCUCUGCAGUGCCAAGGCUAUGAGCAUUCCACCCCAUUCACGAGCAAUCGUGCCUACUGACCUAUCAAUUGCUGUACCUCCAAACACAUACGGCCGCGUUGCCCCUAGAAGCGGGUUGGCUGUAAAACAUUUUAUUGAUGUUGGUGCUGGUGUUGUGGAUGCCGACUACCGAGGUCCUGUCGGUGUUGUUUUGUUCAACUUUGGUGAAAAUGAGUUCAAGAUUGAGGAGGGUGAUCGCAUCGCUCAAUUGGUAUUGGAACGAAUUGUCACGCCUGAGGUUGUCGAAGUUAAGACGCUGGAAGAGACCGUCCGUGGAGCUGGGGGCUUUGGAUCAACUGGGGUCUCGAAUUAAGCAUAUACCCAUCUUGAUAAACGCUCUAUCGCCUGGCGGACGUUCAUUGUUCCAAUAAAUGGAAAUACAUAUUUUUCUUAUAACCAUGGUCCAUACUUGUAAUACUGAGGAUUCAAUUG